AUGGCAUCCAUCCCAUCGAGCGGCUCGCUCAUGGCGACGCACAACUACUACAGAAGACGCCUGAGCUCCACAUCCAGCAACAGCUCCUGCGGCAGCUCGGAGUACUCUGGGGAGGUCAUCCCCCACCCCCCGGGUCUGCCCAAGUCCGACCCCGGCCACUGGUGGGCCAGCUUCUUCUUCGGGAAGACAACUCACCCAGCCAUGACGGACUUGGGAACGCUGCGGGUGACAACAGGACCGAUGGCGUGUGGCUUGGUGCCGGCCCCAGGAGCGGGACGGAGACGCCACGCCAGCGAGCCCAGCUCCGGGCCCUCGGCAUGA